GAAAGGAAAGAAGGUGGAGACACUCUCUGCCGAUCUGCUUCGGCCGGCGUGGGGUGCUUAGAGGGUGCUUAGGGUGGUCGUGGUGCUGGUGGUCGUGGUGCUUAGAGGGUGCUUAGGGUGGUCGUGGUUUGCGUUCGGCUUGGGAUGCUGUCUGGAUCACAGGGCGAGCUCUGAGUCGCCGAGGGCAAGCACAGCCAUGCAAGAUGACGUGGGCGAAGGGGAAGAGAUGCAAACCUAUCCCUGGAAACACCUGGAUGCUGCUGCAGAGACGCGAGCCUCGGGCUGCCCUGGCUGCCGAUCUCAGAAGUUGCUGCGAGCCUCCAUCUCCGCCCUCUACCCGGUGGCCGCUGCACUGGCGGUGGCCGUCGCCGCCCUCGCCUGUAUCGUGCUGCGCAGGGCGGACGGCGCCGCCACCGUCUUGCAGGCGGCGCGGGAUGAGUCGAGGGGCAGGCUGGAGGGAGUGGAGCUGAGCCUCGGUCAACUCGGAGCAGGCUGGGACACGGGGGCAGAGAUCUCGGACGUGCGUGCCCAGCUGGGCGUCGUGGCGCGCCACCUGCGCCGCUACAAGCUGGCGGCGAGGGAGCGCGCCGAGCAGCACGACAGCUUGGACCGUCUGGUGAAGCUGAGCACCGCGCUCGCCUCCUCGGUGUACGACGCCAGCGCCUCGGUGCGGGUGCUGCACGCCGCCGCGCUCCGCGCCGCCGUCAACGCCUCGCGGACCGACCCCACGCUCACGCAAAGGGUGGAGGUGUCGCUGCGCAGCGCCGUGCGGGAGGAGCUCGAGCCGGCGGUGGACGAGGAGGCGCGGGGAGCGCGCGCCCUGGAGGCGCGGCUGGCGCUGUGGCUGGCCGGCCCGCGCGCCUUCCUCGCCGAGACGCUGCAGCGCGGCGAGCACCGGGCCACGACGCUGGACCUGGCGCUGGACGCGACGCUGCAGCACGCGGAGCGCUUCGGCGGGGAGGAGGGGGAGCGGCUGCUGCGCGAGGAGAUCGACCAGCUGGGCCGAGCCGCCGCGCAGGCGUCGGCGAGCGCCAGGGAGCACAUCGCCGAGCUCCAAGCGGCCGCGGCCGAGAUGCUGGAGCUGACGGAGCGAGCGGUCAACUUGUCGGCGGCCGUGAGCGCACAGGACGAUGCGCUGCAGGACUUGGCAGAGCAGCUACGCUACGUGGAGAAGCAGAUGGAGGUGAAGACGGAGAGCGUCCACUCGCGUCUUGAGAUUCAGGACUUGGAGGUGCAGAACGUGCGCAUCAGCAUGAACGGCACAGAGCAGCACCUCGCCAGCCUGGCCCUGUACCUGAGCGAGGUGGUGAGCGGCGCGUCCGAACCAUCGGGCGUCACAUGGGCCGACAUGGCGCGCAUCUCCCACGCCGCCACCCUGGUGGGCUUCAACCUGCGGGUGAUGCGGGCGCGCCAGAUCUUGCUGUCCGACCGGCUGCACACGGAGGCGUCCAAUUUGUCGGCGGCGAUGAGUGAGCUGAGGCUGCUGGACCAGGACAAGGAGGUCAUCGCGCACGGCAUCACGGUCACCGUGCAAGGCUUGCCAGGGCCCCAUGGCAAGGUUGGGGACACGGGCCCCUCGGGGGCAUUGGGCCACCAGGGCCAGAAGGGCGACGUCGGAGACCUGGGCGCCGCAGGACGCCCCGGGCAGAAAGGCGUCUCGGGAUUGCCUGGCCACGAGGGGGUGCAGGGCCUGACAGGCCCGAGAGGAACCCCCGGCAAAAGGGGCGAGAAGGGGGACCCGGGAAUUGUCGGCUUCGUGGGGCCCGAGGGAGCCAAGGGGCUCAAGGGAGAGGAGGGUCUCUUUGGCGAUCCGGGCCCACCCGGCCCGGCCGGCAUUCACGGCCCCGAGGGUCCCCCGGGCUUUGUCGGGCCGCCGGGCCCCGCGGGAGAGAUGGGAAUGCUCGGCCAGAAGGGCGACGUGGGCCCUCCCGGCAUAGCCGGCCCUCUCGGUGCGCCGGGCUGGCCUGGCCCGCCCGGCGACCCGGGACCCUCCGAGCCGGAAUUUGAAGACGCGUCGGAAACCGCCGAGGACGCGUGGGAUGGCACCGACUCUCCGCCAGGGACAGUUGGCCCCGAUUUGCCGGCAACGACGGCGACGGGGGCACGGGCCUACGAUCAGAGCCCGUCUGGCGGCGAGGAGGCGUCUGCUCCGACGCCGGAACCGCUCGCGACCCCGCCGGAUCCGCUCGCGACCCCGCCGGAUCCGCUCGCGACCCCGCCGGAGGAGGCCUCGAUGGUCGGCGAUACGCCCUAGCGGCGCCACCCACCCACGGUCCGCAUCGCCGCAUUUGGCGUUUUUUUCCGUACGAACGGCGCAUUCGCCCGAUGAUCGGCAAACACGUCCGCUGUGUGACGUAGGGAGUGCCGCUUUGCAUUAGAACCGAGACGUUGCUGUGCGCGUGAAUGCGCGUGCCGCAUGCGUGUGUACCGCACGCGUGUGUACCCAACGUGAGCUGGAGAGCUCUCGUGUGCGUGUGUGUGCGUGCGCGCAAGCCGUUCGCUACGAAGUGACGUGUUUUGCCACCGUGGCGCUUGUGCCAGGCUGAGUGCGGUUCGAGGAAGUCGCGCGACGUGUCGAAAGCUCCCUGGGACAGGAGGUCACGGAGAGAGACCCAAGCGUUGUGGGUCAACUUCCCGGGAUGACCGACGGCUGGAUGGCACCACCUGUGGUCGCCACUGUUACGCUUCGCGCGGAAAGCUCGCGUGCAUGCGCGCGAGGUCCUAUGUGGCGUGGGAUGUGUUGCCAACCGUCGUAACGACUUACUUUCAACACGGCCGAUUGGCAAAUGUGAUGAGGUUUAUAAUCGAGGUUUUUUGGGUUAGAACGCGCAAAUAUAUAAAUGUGUCAUUAAACCCGCCACCACCCUACACAGCCAAUUACCAAUUCGAUACUAGUACACCACACCGGUGUGUUGGAGAGCCAAGCCACAACAUUUACAAUCUGAGUACGAUGCAUUUAUAUAUUUACGCGAUCUAACCUGCAUUGUGGAGGAUAAUGUUCGCGGAAGCCUCCUGCGUGUGAAAGUGGUAAGGUUUUUAGUUGGUGGGUCACCGACAUUGGCAAUCGGCGAAAACCUUCCCGAGAGGAGGACAGCACGCAUGCCGAUUUGUCCAUUUGUUCCUGACGUGUCGAGCCAUUUAGAUUUUUGUUUAUCUUUUGGAGACGAAUUCUGUGGCGCACACCCGUUCCUGACACAGGCCGGGCUUAGAAUAAGACAAUGAAUGAUUAUUCGUGCGACCGUGCAGAUAUUUUUUGACCCUAUGUACACACGUUUCUCAAUAGCUUAGUUAUUUACGUAUUACAAAAAAAAUUAUAUAAGUUAUAUACAUGAAAAUGAUAUACGUGUGUGUAUAUUUAUGAGAUGUUAUCCUUCAGAGUGCGGUUCGCGUGCACUUUAUUUGCGGUCACUUUGGCAGCUGCCGCCCCUCUCAAUUGCUCCCCGCUCGGGAAAUCGGUGUGCGCUUCGAUAAUUAUCACGGCUCAUAUCAGUUCCUAGGAUCAAGAUGUACAUGUAUAUAAUAAUAAUGAUAAUAAACACAAUUUAUAAUGCACACAUA